AAGCCACUCCGGGACGGUGCGACGACAUAAAUUCCGCCUAAAUUUGAUUGGCUGUUAGUUUGCGCAAGCGCAAUGAUAUAAGUUCUCGUAUCAGUGUCAUAAUCAAAGAGUUUGUAUACAAUCAUAACAAUAGUUAAAAAUAAUAUCCAAAUUAUGAAAAAUGGUACAGUGUUAUGUGCCGCAAUGUAAAAAUCGAUCAGACAGCCAAAAUUGGAAGAAACAACCGAAAAUUCCAAACGUUUCAUUUCAUAGUUUUCCAAAAAAUGACACUACUCGCAAUUUAUGGAUCGAUAUAUUGGGUCUUGAUCAAACAUCUAUUCCAUCCAGUGCACGCAUUUGUUCUGUUCAUUUUAAAGAAGAAUCUUUUGAUAGAACAAAUCCACGAUUAAUUCGACUGAGGCCAAAUGCAUUUCCAUUUAUAGAAGAAAAACAUAUUAUAGAACAAAAACCUUUUGUUGCAUGUUCACAACCUUCAAUAAAAGCAGACAAAGCAACAAUGAUAUUACCAUCUACAGAAGAUAAAGCAACAAUGGUAUCACCAAAGCGAAUCUAUGAUUCACCAGAAAACUGUAGAUUCAGACAACGAAUUGAAUAUCUGAAAGUGGAACAUGCAAAAAAAGUACGAAAUUUGCAACAAAAUUUACGUCGACGCAAUGAUCAAAUAGCUACAUUGAAAAACGCUUUAAAUUUAUUAAAAGAAAAACAAUUAUUAACUGAAACCCAAACAUUUUAAAUGUACAUAAUUACAAUAUUAUUUCUUUAUUUGGUAAAAAAUUUCAUUUUCGAAGUCAAUCAUUUUUUUUUAAAAAAAUUCUAUAGAAAAAGAACAUAGAUGUCAAUACUUAAUAUUAAAUAUUUGAACACAAGUAAAUCUUCAAUUAAAAAUCUAAAGAAUUAAAAAAAAACUUUAUUAUUUAAUUAUAUAAAAAAGUUUCGUUAUUCACUGUUUAUAAACAACGAAUUGAAAAAGAAUUUAUUGCCAAAAAUUUAAUUUAAAAUUUACUAAAUAAAUUAAUAUGAAAUUAAUAAAAUUUU